ACCGGGGGACGCGCCCCGAGAAACCGGCGGGGCCUUGCGGCGAGGCCCGGUGCAGCCCCAGCCUCCCCGGAGGGGACUCGCUGCGGCGGCCUCAGCGGCAGCCGGCGGCCCCUACGCGGAGCGGGGUGCGUAGAGGAGGAAGGUGGCGGGGCGGGUCGAGGCCUGUGCUCCGCGGGGCAGCCGCCCGCCCGCCCGAGCAGCCGCGCCUCCCGUGACCCGCGGCGGCGAGCGCAGGCCCGGGCGGCGGCCGGCAGCAGCGCAGGGGUUAAGGGCGGCGGGCCGGGGGGGGGCCGGGGGCGGGAGCAUGCGUGCUGCCGGCCUCUAUUGUCUCCGGCGCGGCGCCCAGCACCCAGGCGGCUGGCGGCGGCCGGCAGCGAGGCCGUGCCCGGCGCAGCGCAGCGGAGCGGGGCGCCCGGCCCCCGCCGCCCCCCGCCGCCCCAUGGGCCGCAGCUGAUCGUCGCCCGGCUGCCGGCCGCGCCCCGGGCAGCAGCGAGGCGGGCGGAGCGACCCGGCCGCCGUCCACCCCCCCCCCUCCCCUCCCCUCCUCCCCACCCUUCCCCCGCUGCCCCGUUCCCUUCCCCCGCGGCCCCGGAGCCCUCGGCGGACCCCGCCGGGGGUGACGGCGGCGGCGGCGGAUUCGGGGCUCCCUCGCCCCUGCGGGCCCGGCGGGGGGAGGAUGCCUGGGGCGGGGAUGGGUUUUCGCCCGUAGCUUCCCCGCGCCCCCCCCCCCCUCCCCGCUUCCUUCCGCCCCCUCUCGCCUCCCGGGGGCGGCGCGGCCCCGUUCCCCGCGGGGGGCUGUCGCUCGGCUCCCUCCGGCCCGGCGGCGCCCAUAUGGGGGGCAAGCAGAGCACGGCGGCCCGUUCUCGGGGCCCCUUCCCGGGGGUGUCGACGGAUGACAGCGCCGUGCCGCCGCCGGGAGGAGGCGGGGGGGGGCCGCCCCCCUUCGGCCAUUACCGGGCGGGCGGCGGCGGCGGCGCCAUGGGGCUGCGCAGCCGCUCCGUCAGCUCGGUGGCCGGUAUGGGCAUGGACCCGGCGGCGGCCGGCGCCGUCCCCUUCGGGCUGUACGCGGCGGCGGCGCGGGCGGCGGGGGAGGCCGAGCGGGCCCCGGGCGGCGGCGGCGGCGGCGGCGGCGGCGGCGGUCCGGGCUCCGACUCCACGUACGCCCAUGGCAACGGUUACCAGGAGACGGGAGGCGGUCACCAUAGAGACGGGAUGCUGUACCUGGGCGCCAGGGCCUCGCUGGCCGACGCGCUGCCCCUCCACAUUGCACCGCGGUGGUUCAGCUCACACAGCGGUUUCAAGUGCCCCAUUUGCUCCAAAUCCGUGGCUUCUGACGAGAUGGAAAUGCACUUUAUCAUGUGUCUGAGCAAACCUCGUCUCUCCUAUAACGAUGACGUGCUGACCAAGGACGCCGGCGAGUGCGUGAUCUGCCUGGAGGAGCUGCUGCAGGGGGACACGAUAGCCAGGCUGCCCUGCCUCUGCAUUUAUCACAAAAGCUGUAUAGACUCAUGGUUUGAAGUGAACAGAUCUUGCCCGGAGCAUCCUUCCGAUUGACCCGCCGGGCGUGCUUGCUGACUUCUCUCUAAGGGCACCUUGCUAUACCUGCUGUACCUCCUCUCCCCGUCCCCCCCGCCCUACCUGGAGUUUUGGACUGACUUUAAAUUCCUCGAGAAGACAAAAAUAAAACCCAGAAACUUGAAUCCACUUGGGACAACGGCGAAUUUUUUUUUUUAUUAUUAUUUUUAUUUGUUUUAUUGGGGUUUGGGUUUUUUUUUUUGUUGUUGUUUUGUUUUGUUGUUUUGUUUUUUAUUUAAAAGAUUUUAAAAAAUAAGAAACAUCCAGGAGAAGACAGUGUGAGAAAAGCGGAGCGACCCGCUCUCCCCUCCACAGCCGCUGGUCAUCAGGAGAGCUUUGCCUGCCAGGGAGGCCCCAGGGACACCCUCGGCCGAAACCCUGCCAUGAUGUUUGGCUUUUCUCCCCAAAACGAAGGGGGAAGCUGCCGGGGGACAGCCAGCCAAACGGAGCACGCGGCAUUUCUCACCGGCAACCCCCCCACCUCCCACCCGGACUCACCCGGGGGCUCUGCUCGGUUUUUUUGCACUGACUAAACAGGAAUUUUCUCCUCUCUCCCGUCUCCCUUUUGGAGAUCUCCACCCCGGCCCCUGCGGCGUGAGACGGGGACUCUGCCCCACGCCGGGAGCGGGGCCACUGCUCCCCCCCUGCUGAGCUGCGGGGGUCCGUCUUUCAAGUGUUUACAAUGAGAAAAAAAACAAACAAAAAAAAAAAAAGGAAAAAAACCACAAAAAAAAAAAGGAAAAAAAAAAAGAAGGAAAAAAAAAAAGAGAAAACUAACAAAAACAAAAAAAAAAAAAAAAACAAACACCAAACCACAACUGAAGCUUCGUGUUGACUGGCGUGUUCUUCGAUUUGAGCUUCCCUGCCCCGGUGAUGUUUACAGACUGGUCACUAACUCAGCUAUAACCACUCAGAGACUGGAGAGCCGCAGCAUCCCCGCCGCCCCCUCCCGCCGCCCCCUCGCCGGGCUCCUCUUGCCAAAACCGCCCCCAUCCCCUCCUCGUUCUUCCCAUCGCCUUGGAGUCAAACCCUUUCGCGGAGGGGACAGGGGGGGGCCCCCGAUGGCCCCCCAGGUGCCCCCCGGCCACGGGGGUGGCUUUGCCGGAGGUGCCAAGACGGAGUCAUUUCAUGGCAGUGACACCCCCCCCCCCCUCCAGCCCAUCCCCGUCCCCUCCCAGCGCGGCGGGCGCGUUUUCGUUGGUGAGACCUCCCCUGCCGGUGGCCGUGCCCCUGCGGGAAACCUUUCUGUAUUUAUAUAUUAAAAAAAAAAAAAAACAAAAAAAACAAAAAAAAAAAAAAACGGGGGUAAAAAACCUAAGAGUUCAGAGCUUGGGGGGAGCUUCCUUCAUUAGUCAAGGUGUUUUGAUAUGGUAUUAAAACAAUGUUCAAUAAAAUAUUCACUGUUA